AUGGAUCAGACUCCACCGAUGACUCUAGGAAUGAUUCAUCAAAGGUUUAUGGCAAUAGAACACAAUAUGGUUGCACAAGUAGAACGGUUUGAAAACGCUUUCCAGAGGAUAACCGAUCAGAGCGCAAAUUCAGGGGGUGCUGGUUCUAGUGGAUCGACAGUAACGGGAAACAGUAAAGCUACAGGAACAGCACAUGUGGAAGUACCUCUAGUUAAUAUGGUAAACAAUCCAUUGUACAAUGUCAUAUUUCAACCAUCUGCAACAGAUACUCCGUAUAACGGACAUCUAAUGAUUCUUGGAACACCAUGGUGGCAGCAUAUGCCUUAUCAAGGUUAUCAAGUGCCAUGGCCAACAAGUCCAAAGACACAGCAUUCGGGAACUGCAACAGGAAGUAAUGUUGCCAGGAAUGCACCGGCAACAAAUCAAUCCCAGUUGCAGAACACGGCAUUUCAACACCAAACUCCGCCAGUGCAGGAUCAACAAGGAUCAAAAAUGGUUCUGCCUCAAGUAACUGAGCAAGAAAGUGUUCCCCGAAUAACAUAUGGACCACAAGGAACGUCAGGACCUGGUCUUCAAGGUCUUACUGGCGCAGGAACUAAUCAAGGUCCUACUGGCGUAGGAAUUAAUCAGGGUCCUGCUAUUGAGACUUCAGAAUGA